UUCGCAUUCCCAUAAACCAUAAAAACCGUAAUAAACCUCCACAAAAAUUACAUUUUCCACCAACCAUUUUCCAAAUCUAAUUAAUAUUUCUCUUACUUUCUCUGUUUCUCACUUCCACCAUCAAAUGGCAUCAAUUUCUUCCCUUCCUUCAUCAAAUCCACUUUCAUUUAACCCAAUUUCAGAUUCAUCAGGAAAAACGGUAGAUUUCAGAAAAAGAGCCUCCUCCACAAGAAUUUGUGCAUCAUCCAGACGAUCAUCAUCAGAAGCCAAUGACCAAAACUACUAUAGCAGCAGCAGCAGAUUGGUGGAUGAGAAUAUGAUCGUUCUGAGGAAGAGAAUCCACGAGAUGAAGAUGGUGGAGAGGAACUAUGAGCCUCCUUCAGAUUGGAAUGAGUGGGAGAAGAAGUACUACACCAGCUAUGACUCUUUCGUGUGCCAGGCACUGGGUGUGUUGCAAUCUCAGAUGAUGAACACUAGGCCAAGCUUGGCUUUGGGAAUGAUGGUUCUCAUUCUUUUCAGUGUUCCAAUGUCUACCACUAUGAUUUUGUUCCGUUUGAUGGAGAUCGCUAAUGGGGUCUUGGCUGGGGUGCACAUUGGCUAGAAAAUUGCUUCUGGAAUUCGAAUCCCUCCCUUUUGUUUUUUGUUUCAAACUAAUUUUUCUUUUAAUUUUUUUUGUAAAUAUGAUGAAAAUUAAUAUAAAUACAAACUAGAUUUGAUUUCUUUAA